AUGGCAUUGUGCCUGCGAGGAGGCGUUUCUGCUGUCACUGUUUCCGUCGAUCUCGCAAGAUAUGAGCCUGCCAACCGCCGCUUCCCGACUCGCCUGCAGCUGCAUUCCUCGCGAAUCUGUAAACCUCACCUGACAAAUCCCCUGAAAAGUCGACUGACGAACCACGCGACAGGUCAGCGCACGGCCAGCUGGGUCAGAAAUGGUUUCAUGACUGAAAACGGAGGUGGUGAGUGGGACGAGGAGGACGAAGAGGAAUUCGAGGAAGACGAAGAGGAGCAUUGGGAAGAGGAAGAGGAGGAGGGGGAGGAGAGGGUGGAGACGGUUCAAGUUCAGGCGAGGUUGUAUGAAGACUCCUCGGGAUACAGCGAAGGGGAUGAGCAUGAGGCCAAGUCUCAUGCGGCGGAUCAGGCGGAGGAGGAGAAGAAGCAGGAGAACCAGCAGCAGCAGCCGCUGCAGUGGUUGGCGGAAGGAGCUGCUGCUGCGCUGAAGGGAGCUGUGGAGGGGGGUGUUGUGGCUGCUGCGGUGGGGGCUGUGCUGGAGGCGAGUCAGCCCGCGGAGGAGCAUUCGGACUUGGACGCGCGGGAGAAGGGCGAGGAGUAUUCCGCUACCAUGCAGAUGGCCAUGGGGAACACAGCGCUGGUGUACCGUCACGAGCUGGGCAUGAACUAUGCGCGCGUGCUGCCCAAUCUCAUCGUCGGCUCCUGCCUGCAGUCCCCCUUGGAUCUGGACCACCUGCGGGAUGUGGAGGGCGUGGGGGCGGUGCAGUGCCUGCAGCGCGACUCUGACCUCGAGUACUUUGAUCUGGAUAUCAACCCGAUCAUCGAGCGGGCGGCAGAGCGUGGCGACAUUCGGCACUUGUGGACUGAGAUCAGGGACUUUGACCCCUUUGACCUGCGCAUGCAGCUGCCGAGGGCUGUAGCAGCGCUGCACAAGGCAGUGAUGGAGUGUGGCACCGCAUAUGUGCACUGCACUGCCGGCCUUGGCAGGGCCCCGGCUGUAGCGCUCGCCUAUAUGUGGUGGAUGCGCGACCUUCAACUGGAAGAGGCAAAUGAAAUCCUGCAGAAAGUCCGUCCAUGUGGGCCCAAGCUGUUUGCCAUCCGAGCAGCUGCAUGUGAUCUGCUAACGGGCAAUCCCCUGGAGCAAGUGGAGAUCAACUGGAGGAACCGAGGAGUCAAUGAGACCGUGGAGGUGGCGGGCCUGGAUGUUGGCUGGCACCAUCGCCUGCCAUUGACUCGUGAGCCGGCAUCCAACACAUGGACACUCACAAGAGAGCUGCCGAUUGGCACAUACUAUUACAAGCACAUCGUGAACGGCACGCACUGGUCAUACAACCCCGAUGCGCCUCUCACUCCACCCGAUCGUGACUACAAUGUCAACAACUACAUUGAGGUUGUAGGCUCUUCGCUUGAUCCAGCAGCACGUGACCUCCGGAAGAGGAUCAUGCAGGAAGGGGCUCCUCUAACUCAGGAAGACAGAGCAGCAGUGGUUGCCAAGAUUAUUGAGAUUGCAGGGACUUUGUAG